AUGUCUGCUGCCAACGCUACACAGCAGGUCAUUCCGAAGGCUUUUCCUAAAAUAUUACACCGAUAUGUUGGUAGACCGAGGGUGUUUGAGUGUUUGAAGCCGUACGAGAAGUAUUAUGUGGUGGCCUACUUGAACUCCGUUUACAACGCAGCGCCUCUUUUCAAGUGGUCGCUCAGUAUUGUUCCACUUUACGGCAUUUUUUCUGGAAGCGUACCGGUGGAAAAGGUGGAUUUUAAUUCCAGUGCCGCUCUCAGCAUCACGGGUCUUGUAUGGUUUGUGUAUGCGCUUCUUAUCCAGCCGCAGAACUCUGGGAGUCGUUCAUUGGCUCUCGUUAACAUGUGUCUGGCUUCCGUAAACGGGUACAACUGCUACCGCAGCUGGGCCUACAAGAGAGUCAAGGCAUUGGACAGUUAG